AUGGCUCCUGCCAUAUCGUCUACGCCAAGAAAUCGGAUAGACGAAACUCUGGAAUUGGAAACUCAUCAAACCUCCUUUGCCACUUAUUUCACCCAGCCACUAAAACCAGUACAGGCUAAACAAAGUGUUCCUGGGACAAGUGGAUAUACUUCGGCAGCUGCUAGCUCAAAACCCUAUGCACCAGCUGCACCAAAAAACACCGUCAUGCCACCAACUUCAACCGUCAAGCCGAAUAUCCAAAAGCAACAGCGGCAGCCAGGAGAAGCCCAAUCCGGCAACUUCUGCUGGCAUUGCCAUUGGCACCAUUUCUCUCGCAGCCUUUGCGGGAUUGGCCGGCUUUUGGAUUUUUUUCCGGUACAAAAGGUACGGAAAGAGCUGCAAGAACACCAGGAAUGGCACAUGGACGGGAAACCUAAUAGCUUCAUUCAAAGGCGUAUUCCGGCAGAAGGAGAUGCCGUUCAAGAGGAAUAG